AUGGACCGUUGGUUGAAAAGUGGGUCUAUUAAUAAGACGCCUGCUACGGAGUCAUCUUGUUCUAAUAUAGAAGAAAGCAUAACCAACGAAGACGGAGUUAAUGAUAAUAGUUCUAUUUCUCAAGGUAUGAGUAGUACACUACCGCCAAAUACUGGUGACUCUGUCCCAAGAACGUCCAAAAAACGUAAAUACGAUGAAAGUUAUUUGGAGAUGGGGUUCAUAGAAACAAACGAUGGCCAGCCACAGUGCGUAAUUUGUUUAAAAGUUUUUCCUAACAGUUCUAUGUAUCCCGGAAAAUUACGUCGUCAUUAUGAAAAGGUCCACACAGAUCAUAAUGGGAAACCACUCGAUUUUUUCAAACGAAAGCGCUCUGAACUAUUGUCUGUUAAAAAAAAAAUAAAAAAGCACGUUCUAACCGAUAAUGAAAAUGCAUUGAUAGCUUCCUACAUGGUGAGUUACCGUAUAGCUCAAAAAGGCGAAGCUCAUACCAUUGCGGAGACCCUCAUAAAACCAUGUGUUAUUGAUAUAGUAACUUGUAUGCUUGAUGACAAAUCUGCCAAACAUUUAUCCAUAAUUCCUUUGUCAAAUAAUACUGUUGCACGGCGAAUUGAAGAUUUGGCUAGCUACGUAACAGAAACACUUGUCUCUCGUAUUAAAUACACAAAAUUCGCACUACAAAUGGACGAAUCAACCGAUAUUGCUGGUCUUGCUGUGCUAUUGGUGGGUUCAAAUUUUCGGUUUAUUGGAUGA